UUCCGCUACAUUCCGUACUUCCGUAUUUCCGUAUACUGUGACGACCGUGACGACUGUGAACCUGUGACUGUCAUUUGUCAAUUGCGGUCAGUAGGGCCGGUAGUGAACGUAGUGUAGUGAAGGUUUUGAACGUUUUGAAGGGUUAGUACUCGUAGGGCCUGUAGGACUCCUAGUAUUCAAGGUACCUAAGUUUGAUAUGUUGGUGAUGGAUGUUACAUAAAGUUUAUAGUUUUAUAUUUGUCGUACCUUGGCUGCGAAAGUUUCCAAUCUUGUUUCAAGCUUUUGUAGUGGAUUUUAAGGUCCCCGAAUUUUGAAGGAGAAGCGAGUUGUUUCGACCAAUUUGAUUUCAAUUCGAGGAGGUCAGGUGGUAUCUGAUUGGCUUUGCGUGAAUAGAUGUGCUGCAGGAGAAGAGCCUGCCAUGAAAAUAAAUGAGAAGAACCUUGCUGCGUUUGCCUCUUCGGCAACACCAGUGGACAGAGAAGGCUGGCUUGUAAAGCGGAGUGAAGUAAACAAAGGAUAUCAGAAAAGGUGGUUUGUGUUGAAGGGCAAUCUUCUGUUUUACUUUGAGAAACGUGGAGAUAAGGAGCCCGUGGGUGUGAUAGUGCUAGAAGGUUGUACCAUUGAACUGGCUGAAGAUGAAGAACAAUUUGGAUUCAAAAUUGUAUUUCAUGGGACAGGUAAUCGCAGUUAUACCCUUGGGGCAGAGUCCCAAGAAAGCAUGGAACAAUGGAUGAAAGCUCUUGCAUGUGCAAGUUAUGAUUACAUGAAGCUCAUGGUAGCCGAACUUCAGAGACAGCUCGAUGAAAUGGAAGAAUGUGAAGCAGCAACCAUGAGGCAGAAUCAAGCUAUACAUAUUAAUUCCACCACUUUAUCUCAGAACUCUGAGUCUACAGAAAUGAGAUCUGGAAAUUCACCCAUGCCUCCACCACGCCAGAGGCAUAACCCAUUCAACAGGGUACAACAGAUAGGUAGUUUGGAUGGCCAAAUGCUGUCUGGUGGACCUCAUUGCCGUUCUCACAGAUAUAGCUCUGUUCCUGGCAGGCCUGAUGGAACCUCAAGGCUGAUGGAAAACAUUCCACGGACCAAAGUGACAUUCAGGGAAUUACACACUGCGUAUGGGAGACGCGUUCUAAGUGACUUCAAUGCCUGGAGACAUGCAAAGAGACAAGAACAGGAUAGAAAGCAGGGAUCUGGGUUGACACAGGAAUUAUUGAUAACUUUGUGAAACAUAGAGAGAGUGAUGAGUUUAGAUGUUGAAUAUAAGGUUACCAGAUUAA